GGGGUUCUGGGCUCCAUGAGGAGACAGCCGUGGGUUUCUCUUUCCAGUGGACCAACAUUUUAGCGUCCUAGAAGGUGUGUGUUGCCCUGCCCUCUGCUUCAGGCGCCAGAGCUCUUAAGCCCCUUCCCUGCCAGGGGAGAAGGGGUGGGGUGGUAUCUAAGGUGCCUAUGGCAUCGCGACCUCCUGAGUCCACCUUGGAACCAGCCUGGGCUUUGGUUCUGCCCAGGACCCGGCCUGCCCUAGUGGUGUGCGCCCUCGAACUCAGGAUAUCCACAGAGACCUUUGGCGAGGGUUCUGGUCCCACCCAAGCUUCUGCGCUGGGCUGGGGUGGGCACCUCGGGGUCAUGCUGGACGGUCCAAAAGCACCUUGUAUCUUGGUGCAGGGGGGCCAGAGAAAGAGACAGAGACACUAGAGAGCCAGGCAGACAGACACACGGUAGGUUCAGACGCUUGAAGUAGAGACAGGACUUUGGAAGCAGGGGGAGGUUCUGAAGGAAUCCAGCCCCAGGGGCUGUGUGUGUCUGAGGCCCGGCCAUACCUGCGCCCGCGCCCUGCGCGAGGAAGCACCUCUCUCCCCCGCAUGCAGGCUGCGGGGCGCGCGCCUGCAGAAGCCUAGCUGCAAGGGAGGUGGGGUAUGGAAACGUCUGCUGGAGCGAUCAGGUCGGAUCGGUGCCCCUACCCCUCCCAGCCUCACGUAGCAGGGGACCCCAUUCCCGAGGAACUCUAUGAGAUGCUGAGUGACCGCUCCAUCCGCUCCUUCGACGACCUUCAGCGUCUGCUGCAUGGAGACUCCGUAGAUGAAAAUGGGGCUGAGCUGGACCUGAACAUGACCCGAGCACACUCUGGAGGCGAGCCGGAAAGCUCAGCUAGAGGAAGAAGGAGCCUAGGUCCCCUGGCAGCCGCAGAGCCCGCGGUAAUCGCCGAGUGCAAGACGCGCACAGAGGUGUUCCAGAUCUCGCGGAACCUCAUCGAUCGCACCAACGCCAACUUCCUGGUGUGGCCGCCCUGCGUGGAGGUGCAGCGCUGCUCGGGCUGCUGCAACAACCGCAACGUGCAGUGCCGGGCCUCGCAGGUGCAGAUGCGGCCGGUGCAGGUGAGAAAGAUUGAGAUUGUGCGGAAGAAACCGAUCUUCAAGAAGGCCACAGUGACCCUGGAGGACCACCUGGCCUGCAAGUGUGAGACAGUAGUGACCCCUCGGCCUGUGACUCGAAGUCCUGGAACAUCCCGGGAGCAACGAGCCAAGACGCCUCAAACUCGGGUGACCGUUCGGACGGUGCGCGUCCGCCGGCCCCUCAAAGGGAAGCUUCGAAAAUUUAAACACACACAUGACAAGGAGGCAUUGAAGGAGACCCUCGGGGCCUAGGGGCAUCGGCAAGCGUGUGGGCAGGGUUAUUUAAUAUGGUAUUUGCUGUAUCGCCCCCAUGGGGUCCUUGGAGUGAUAAUGUUGUUCCCCCCCGUCCGUCUGUCUCGAUGCCUGAUUCGGACGGCCAAUGGUGCUUCCUCAGCCCGCGGCGGCAUGCCCGGCCACCUCCACCAGCAGCAGCCCUUCAGCCUGCCCUGUGGCUCCAGAAACAAACAAGGGACUCCAUUCUGUGCUGCUUCUUCCCGUGACCCCAAGAACCUGGGUCAAGUGUGCAGGAGCCUCAGGUGGGGGGGUUUGGCCUGAGGACCUCUGCAAGUCCUGCCUGGUUCCUGGACCCCUGGCCAGCCAGCAGGGAACACUUUCAGGCAGGCUAGGGUCCCUCGUAGUCCCGUGGCCAAGACCACAUGGGGGAAAGAGAGGAGCCCUCAUGGCACCCAGAUCUGCCACUCAUCUCUCCCUGUCCCCUCAGCCCGAAGUGGCGUUUCAUUUCCUAAGUAUGAAAUCGUGGAAGAUAUGAACUCCUCCGGGCAGGUGGCCACACACACGCCUUCUCUGAUGGAUUGGAGGUGCAGUGUGCUUGUGACCUGGGCCACGCCCCCUGCCUCUCUCCACCUCCCCUACGUUCACUUCUGUUCAUUUCUCUACCUCCACUCCAUGUCUUCUUCCUCAUGUACCCUUCAGUCUGCUCCACCGUGGGGUACUUGGAUCCUGACGGAGGCUCUGAAGGACCCUGUCGUUCUUCCUUAGGACAGGAGCCCUGCCUGUCACAUCCCGCACUAGCCAAGACUGCCGAGGAAGGCUGUGUGGGAUGCGCGUGUCGCCCAUGGGCACUGCAUGUGGAGGAUCCUGUUCACACCCUAAAUACGGCCCAUUUGUCUAUUUAUUGGGACUCUCUGGCAGAUGUAGGUCAAGCCUCCGAGGAAAGGAAGCCUUGUGUUCCUUCGUACCCAGGCCCUGUGUGGACUGGCUGUGUGUGCCCUGACCAAGCCUGAAGCUCGGAAGGAGCUCGUGGUGCUGGGGAAGCAGCGCACUCCAUGGCCUGUUGCCUCCACUUCCCCAGCCUCCGCUUCAGCUGUCCCGGAUGGGACGCCAGGUCAUCCCCAAGGGAGGGCCAGGCAGCCCCUGUUGUCCUCUCCUCUGCCUACACAUUACCCCUCAGAUCUCUGGUGGUUUUACCUGGUGGCUUCUUCCAGGAAGCUAGCGGGUAGACUGGAAGUGGGAGAGAGAGGGAGAACCCUAGAGCCCUCAGGAGGACUGGGGUUGACGCACCCACCUUUCCCCCCUUCCCCCUUCCCCACACUCUUCCCUCCCCCUCCCAGGUCCACUUCCUUCAGUUUGUAAAGUUGGUGAUUAUAUUUUUGGGGGCUUUCUUUUUAUUUUUUAAAUGUAAAGUUUAUUUAUAUUCCGUAUUUAAAGUUGUAAAAAAGGAAAAAAAAAAAAACCACAAAACAAAACCAAGUGAAUCUU